AUGACGAGCAUCGACGACCUCUUUAAGAAGCCAUUUCUUCCCUCAGCCAAUGGCAGUACUAAGCGCAAAUACGACGGCCAGGAUGCAGAGGCAGCAUACAAAUCAGCGAAACUAGACCCCAGUGUCGAGGAUGCGCCGAAAGACGACGACGAGGAUAUUGAGGCCGGACCAGACCUACCGCCAGACGAGGAUGAAGACGAAGAGGGCCGCUUCUUUGGAAGUGGAACGAAUCAACAUACCAACGCCGCACUGGAUUUUGUCGAUCGAGCAGACGACGGCACAACAGACAUGAAGAUUGAGAAGAUAGACCAGGCAUGGGUGCGCCGACUAGGCUUGAGCUUCGAGAGGAAAAUCAACAAGAACAGCGAAUUGCGCGCCAAAUACGAGAGCGAUCCGUCUCGCUUUGUAGCCAGCGAGGCCGACCUGGACGCCGAGAUCAAGAGCUUGAGCAUCCUGUCCGAACACCCAGAGCUAUACAAGGACUUUGCAAAAAUUGGCUGCGCGGCGAGUCUAGUCUCGCUUCUGUCACACGAAAACACAGACAUCGCCAUCGACGCCAUUGAAAUCGUCUCGGAGCUGCUCGACGACGACGUAGAAGCAGAACAGGAGCAAUGGGAUACAUUGGUCGCAGCCAUGCUCGAAGCCGACCUCAUCGACCUCCUCCUCGCCAACCUCGACCGCCUAGAUGAGAACCUCGAAGCCGAUCGCAGCGGCGUCUACCACUCUCUCGCCGUCCUCGAAUCUCUCUCCUCCAACCCUACAACCGCAGACACAAUCGCCCAAAACCCCAUCCUCACAUACCUCCUCACCCGCAUCUCACGCCCCGAAAAGUCCGUAUCGCAAAACAAGCAAUACGCCGCCGAAGUCUUGCAGGUCUUAUCUCAAGCCUCGCCAUCCGUCCGCGAUCGUCUAAUCUCCCUAGAUGCAAUAGACAAACUCCUCACACUGCUAGCCGCAUACCGUAAACGCGACCCCGAGCGCGACAGCACAGAAGAAGAAUACGCAGAAGACCUCUUCGAUACAUUGACCUGUCUCUGCUCCCCUCCCCCUGGCAAAACAGCCUUCCUCGCCGCAGAAGGCACAGAAUUAAUGCUCCUCAUGCUCCGCGAAGCAAAAUUCUCAAAACCUCGCGCCCUCAAAGUGUUGGACCACGCGCUCUCUGGGUCUUCAGGUCAAUCUGUGGCAGAAAAGUUGAUCGAUGCGGCAGGCUUAAAACCUCUGUUCUCGACGUUUGCGAAGAAGAAUUUGGAAGCUGCGGAUACAGAACACAUCAUCGGUAUCUUUUCCGCACUGCUGCGUUUGCUGCCCGGCGAGAGCUCUCACCGCAUUCGUCUGCUUGCAAAAUUCGUGGAAAAGGAAUACGAAAAACUGGAUAAACUGGUCAAACUGCGACAUGAAUACGCAAGCAAAGCCUCUGUUGAAGACGACAUCGAUGCUGGAGCCGCAAUAUACUGUCUCAACACUCUGGACGUUGUGUUGGCUUGGUUGGCUGCCGAGGAUGGCGGUGCGAGAAAGAGAAUCGUGGAGGGAUUGAGGGACAGAGAUGAAGGGUUGGACACGCUGAAGAAGAGUUUGCAGGCGCAGUUGGAGGAUGUCGAUACAAGCGAAGAGGGCAACGUGGCCGAGAUGCUGACGGCGCUCAUCGAGUGCUUGUGA